UUCUUCAUAAGUAUUCUGUGCUUUGACCAUGCGAGGAAAAGGCGCCAUUUGAGCUCCGUUCGUUCCUGUCUUUGUGUCUGAUUCCACAUGUACAGCCCACUAGAGUCACAAAAACCCCAAAUACUCGACGCAACUCUGAAAUGUAUGCUUCCUUGUUGUCUAUGUAUGCUAGUCUCUACCAGACUUACGGAUGGGUUGAAAAGCAGUAAAAUUUAGGGUAGUUUGGCCGCCAAAUACUAGCAGAUGUACAUGUACUUCAUUUACCCGCGCCUCCCGUAGAUUGGCUCUCCUAGCGAUUUAUUCUUCCUUUUUUAAAUUAACAUAUUCUACGAUCCGUACCCACGUAGAGACUAUAUGUAUGUAUUCUGUGCUUCUAUAGUGUGCACUGAAAGGGUGUUUGAUCCCAAUAGUUUUAUUAUAGAGUGAUUCCUGCCGUUGUGUCAGAUUCCACAAACCCCACGGGACUAGCUAAAAUGCCCCGCGCGCGGAGACGACAGAGACCAGUGAGACAGGUACACACUGCUGCUGAUGCAACCAUCAACGAUGACGACGUCUCGGACGAAGAAUACAGCGAUGAAGAAGAUUGGUACGAUGAGGAAGAUGAAGACGACGAAGAAGAAGACCACGAAUACGUCCGCCCGUACUGUCUGGUUACCGUGGAGCCCAUGCUGUUCCUCUACAGUGCCGCCAUCUUCAUGUUCAGUCCCAUAUCUAGUCUGUACCUGUAUAACUUGGUGGGGAAUGACACAUCGCCAUACUGGAAGCAGGAAUACUGUAACUCCAGUGAGACCACCUUCAACACGUCAGAUCCGGACUACAUCGAUGAGCAAUACUGGACCGACGAGGUGGCGAGAUGGGACACGAUUAUAAACCUGACUCAGGCGGUACCGGGGCUGUUCACGUGCGUCUUCUUCGGCACCAUGUCGGACCAGCUCGGCAGGAGAAUCAACGUCGUCCUCAGCUGCAUAGCCGGGAUGAUAACCACGGGGCUGUACCUCCUGGUGGUCUACUUAGAGCUGCCGGUCUGGGCCCUUAUCCCAGGCAGUAUCAUCGGGGGGCUAACCCCGGGUAGCGCCGUGUUUUUCGCGGCUUGCUAUGCCUACGUCGUAGACAUCUCCCAGUCCAAAAGAGAAAUCGCCAUCCGCAUCGCCGUACUGGACGCCGUAAUCGGCCUAGCGAGUGUUGUUGCUACUGCAAUCGCCGGCGUCGUCCUGACGAAGUUUUGGUACCCAAACGGCAUCCUCGGCCCCGUCGUCUUUCUCUUCACCGCUCACGUCGUCUGUAUCCUGUACACCAUCUUCUGUCUGAGAGAGACGCAGCCGACUGACUGGAAGAACGUCCAGCUCUGCGCGCGAAGGCAUUUCACAGCCGCCGUCCAGCUGUUAAGAAAGAAAAAUGUAUCCCUGUACGGUAAGGUCACGAACGGCUGGAACUGGCGGCUCAUCCUGUUCCUGUUGGCGGGCGGGUUCUACUUCUCGCAGGCGGAAUCCGUGGUGAGCUUCCCGGUCAUCCUGACCUCCGCCCCGCCGUUCUGCUGGUCGCCGCUCCGCACGGGGAUCCUACAGUCUGCCCUGUCCGGCUGUAGCCUUACGUCACUACUGGGUAUCCUGGUCCUGGUCAGGUGGCUCUCCUACCCGACCAUCACACAGAUCGGCAUGGCGUCUGGUGUGUCGGCCCUGGUGCUGACGGCCCUGUCUACUCUGUGUCCGGACUACAACCUGGCUCUCUACAUAACUCCUGUUCUUGGCUUGUUCCUCACCAUGCCAGAGUCAAUGAUUUCUACAGAACUGUCUCUCAUGACAAGACAAAGUGAUCAAGGUUCCCUGUUUGGUUUGAUUGGGUUCAUACAGGGUGUGAUGACCAUAGUCACAACUCCUCUGCUAAACUACAUCUGGGGCGUGACUGCCAUGGGUAUCAUACCAGGGUUUGUUCAGCUGAUGUCUGCUCUGUUAGUGGGUGCAGCAUCAGCCAUGGUCGGAAUUAUCCAGUACUGGGACCGGCGGUCCCCACCUGAGUACCCUCUUGACUCUGAUGAAGAGGACUCAGACACGGAGAGCGACACGGGCCGCAUCAAUACCGACACUGAUGACCUUGUAGCCAGACGCAACCCUACAAUUAUUUAACCCUCCAAAGGUUGAUCUGAUUUACUAAUGAGGCCAAGGAAGCAAGUCAGCAGAACCUACUGUAUCUGCACAAAACCCUGAUUUUUUAUGGUUUUCGCUGAAUGUUUGGUCAAAGUUGCAUCAGAAUUUUACCUGUUGCAGACAAUGUCUUUUCCAAC